AGGCGUUGAAUGUGGCGGGGUCUUGGCUCCUCCGUGGAAGCCCCAUUCUUCGUGUUGCCGUUGUUGGUGAUGCACGCGACCCUCUCCACCACGAGCAAGGAGGUCGAGGUGCCAAAGAAAGAGCGCAAGACGAUGCGGAAGUCACCCUCGAUGACCUCGUUGGAGCUUCUGUUCCCAGAGUUGGAGUCCACCGCCUCGCAAGUCAGCGACCUCUUGGUUGAAGCGCAACAGGCGGACCAAUCCUCGGUCUUCAGACGCCAGGUCAGUGGAGAUCAAGAUGAUGAGGAGGAUUGGCAAUUUGGGGUUGCACUCCAUCAGAUUCCAAUGUAUCAGCUCCAACGCUUGUCCAAGAACCUCUCCAAAGAACUGCAACGCGCGCGCAGUGGGUCCUUUGGUUCCAGUGGGGACCUGGCGGGCAUGGCACAGUCGGGCUCGGAAGAAAAUUUGAAGAAACUCCGCGAGGCCUCAAAGUUAAAGUCCAAACAAAAAGAGCGAUCAAAGAAGAAAACGCCUCUGGAUACCAUCUUGAACAUCAUUGGCUGGCCAGCCCGGUACCUUUUCCGAGAGAUGUGGCUAUGGACGGAACGAGAUUUGGCGCUGUACGCGGUGGUGGGACUUUUCCUUCUGGAGGUCUAUGUUGGCACACAGUAUUUUGCCUGGUCGCCAGUUUGCCUCCUCUAUCCCAUCCUUUCAAGCUCUUCAGGCUCCCGCAAGGCGCAAGAGCUCCAAGACGAGCUGGUGAUGAUCUUCGCGCCGGAGUAUCGCUUCUGGCGUCGUGUAAAUAUUCCCGUGUCCAUCCAGGUUUUGGUGUGCCACAACAUGUCGAUUUAUCUUCUGAUCGUCCUGGCCUUUUCGCCGGGCGGAAGGGAUUUGUACGUGGGGAAGGUUCCGUGUUGGCAAACCUAUGUUUGGGCCUUACUGCUCUUGGUCUUUUCAAUCCUGGGCAUGAUUGGCACCAACUUGGUUUGGGCGUGUGGAUCGAUCCGAAUGAGUUUGAAGCGGAAGGUCUUCUUGAUGAUUUGCCAAUCCAUUGCGAAUCAGGGGUCGAUCUUUCGCUGGAGCCGCGAUCAACGAUGUCAUUUGAAAAACAAAGGUACAGAUGCCGAUCCCUAUGACCCCAAUCGUGGCUUUCUUUAUCGAUACAUUGGCUGGUUCUUGAUGCACAAGACGCCCAAGAUGAUCGAGGCCACACGCUCGGUGGAUGUCUCGGAUCUCCUUUCAGAUCAGGUGGUCAUGUUCCAAGCAGAUGUUGAUUCCUGGUGGAACCUCUCCCUGGGUCACGCCAUCCCUGCUUUCGUCACCUUGCUGUGGGGCGAGGAGCUCUUCCUCGGCUGGAUCAUUGCCGGAUGCUUCAGGUCAGUAUUGGCUUUACAUAUCAACCUGACCUUGCUUCGGCUCCAAAACUUAUGGGCCCCACAGACCGUGACCUUCACGGGCGCAGACUCCUCGGAGGAAGAGGAGGCUCAGGAGGGCCGCAGCAGUGCACGCCAGGGCGCACAGGCGGAGCAGAGCCGCCGCCAGGGCGCCGCGCACCAGCCGGCGAUCUUGCGCUCGGCUUCCAUUGCCGAUGCCCAAAAGCUCAUAGAAGAGUCCAAGGAGGGUCCGGUUCCCCUCCCGGACAGCUCGGGCAGCGCCGAUGAUGGCGGGGGAGUCUUCGUGAAGUACAAGGUGAAUGAGACCAGCGGAGGUGACUCCUCGGUGGAGGUGCGGCUGGAGCCGCUGUGGCGCCGCAGCACACUGGUGGAUUUAGCGAAGGAUGCCGUCGCUGACAUCCUGCAGGUGCCUGCGGUCAACGUGAAGCCCGACCGGCCCCUGAUGGAUUUGGGUUUCGACUCAGCUGGCGCCCUCCGGUUGCGGAACAAGCUCGCCAGGCGCUUGAAAAUUGAGCUUCCUCCCACGCUGCUCUUCGAUCAUCCCACCAUCAAUGACAUGGUGGAUAACGGCCUGGCUCUCCUCUCCAAGCGCCCGAUGACCCCCGUGGGCGACAACCUUCCCAUCACGGGCGCGGCCCAUCCUGCGCCGGCAGCACAGCACGUGAUGGUUUCAACAUCCUGUCACUUGCCUGGUGGUGCAGAUAGCUUGAAAGGCUAUUGGUCCUUGCUGGCGGAGAAGCGCGAUGCAGUGGUGGAAGUGCCCUUGGCUCGCUGGGAUCAUGAGCUUUACUAUUCUAAAGAGCCUCAGAAGGGCAAGACCUAUGCUCGGCACGGCGGCUUCGUGGAGGGCACCGACCUCUUCGACGUGAGCUACUUCAACUUGGGCACUGCCGAGGCCAAAACCACAGAUCCGCAGCAGCGGAUGCUGCUCACCGCUGCCUAUGAUGCUCUGCAUGGGGAUGGGUAUGACAAAGCACUGCUGCAGAACAACCCUUUGGGCGUCUUCACUGCUUUGAGCAACCUGGACUGGUACCAGCUGGUGGUGCCUGACGCUGGCGUCUACACGGGCCCCGGGGUCUCCAGUGCAAUCGCCGCCAACCGCAUCAGCUAUGUUUUCGGCCUCAAGGGCCCCAGUAUGACCAUCGAUACGGCCUGUUCCUCAUCCCUGUCAGCGCUCCAUGCAGCCCUCCGCUCCAUGGAGGCACGAAAGAAUGUUGCAAGCGCCGCCUCGCGCGGUGCCUUGCUGAACGCUGCGGAGGUGCUGCAUGGCCCGAGCAGCUUCGUCCUGCGCUCCGUUGCAGGGAUGCUCUCGCCGGAUGGGCGCUGCAAGACCUUCGACGCCACAGCGGAUGGCUACAUCCGUGGCGAGGGUGCAGGCGCCAUGUUGCUGAAGCCUGCGGAGAGCGCAGAGGAGGGAAGGUGCCUGCGCCUCGCAGAGGUUCGCGCAGUAGUGAUGAACCAAGAUGGCAAGAGCGCCACCCUCACCGCACCCAACGGACCUAGCCAAGAGGAGCUCCUGGUGAUGGCUCUCAGGGAGGCUCAUUUUCCGGCCUCGGCGCUGAACGCCUUGGAGUGCCACGGCACGGGCACCGCCCUGGGCGACCCCAUCGAGGUUGGUGCCAUCAAAGCGGCCUUGGGGCGGCAGGAAGAAGGAAGCCCACAGCUCUACUUGGCAGCUGGAAAAUCGAAUCACGGACACUUGGAAGGCGCUGCAGGCUUUGCUGGCCUGAUGAAGGUGGCAGCCUGCCUCCAGCGCCACGAAGUCCCACCGAACAUUCACUUCCAGGAGUUGAAUCCACAUAUCUCCCUGAGCUCUUCGCGCUUGGAGAUGCCCUUGAGUGUGUCGGAGUUGACGUCCUCUCAGGCCCCGGCCAUGGGCGUCUCUUCCUUCGGCUUCGGAGGCACCAACACCCACGAGGCACCGGUGGAGCCGGAGUACCCGAAGAAGGUUGCUUUCCUCUUCACAGGCCAGGGCAGCCAGUUGCCAGAGAUGGGCUUGAAACUUUACAAGUGCGACGAAACGUUCAAGGCAGCCUUAGACCGCUGUGCCCAGCUGUUGGAGGGCCAUCCCUUGUUGGAGCCCACCGGGGACCUUCGAGACAUUCUCUUUGCGGGUGGAGCAGAGGCCGCCUUGCGUUAUGAUCAGUCGACGUCUCUUUCACAGCUGGCCAUUUUUGCCAUUGAGUUUGCGCUGUCGGAGACCUGGAAGGCGCGUGGCCUGGAGCCCUACGCAGUGCUGGGCCACAGUGUUGGGGAGUACACGGCUGCAGUGGUGGCCGGCAGCAUGUCCUUGGAAGACGGCUUGCGAUUGGUAGCCAGGCGUGGUGAGCUGAUCGACCAGAAGUGUGACAUUGGUGUUGGGUCGAUGGCCUCGAUUUUCGCCAGCCGGGAGCAGGUGCAGAAGGCCUUGCAGGAGGUGCAGAAGGACCUGAAGGACCAGUGCGUGGUCAUUGCGGCCAUCAAUGGCCCAGCGCAGACGGUGGUCUCUGGACACAAAGGGGCUGUAAAGCUGGUUUGCGACAAGGUGGGUGCACAAAGCAAAGUGUUGAGCAUCCCUCACGCUAUGCACUCGCCCUUGAUGGCGCCUGUGCUGCCUGAGCUCCUGGAAGCCGCGAAGGGCUGCAAGUUGCAGCCACCUCGGAAAGAUGUGCACUUCAUCUCCAGUCUCUUGGGGAAGGAGGUCUCUAAGGAGCUUUGUGACCCUGCGUACUGGUUGGGUCAUGACGAGGCCAAGCCUAUGCUCUUUGUACAAGGGAUGUCGAAACUCCGACAGCUGGGCUGCGAUGCAUUCCUGGAGAUUGGCCCGCAGCCAGUGCUGGUGAAGAUGGGCCGCCGCUGCGUGGCGGAAGAGGAGAAGGACCAGGAGCAUUUGGAGAAGCUCCAGUGGCUUGCUAGCUUGCAGCCGGGACGUGAUGAGGUCGAGAGCAUCCUGAUUUGCACCCGCGCCUUGGGCGUGGCCUUCUCCCAACCCUCGGAGCUCACGAACCCGCAAUCACUGCCAUGGCGGCCACCGAUCCUGCACCCAUUGAAUGCCACAGCAUCCAAGUUUCUGCAGGAGAUGUCAAGGUUUGAGGAGAAGGCCAUGGGCCAGGCAAUGUCUUUGACCAUUGUUAUUCAAGACAUCGUGUCCAUCAAGCAGACCGGGUUCGUGCCACGAGGUCCAUGGUGGAUCGUUCCGCCUAUCUCACGAUUGCCUGGUUGCACAUCUCUCUUUGCAAUUGCCUGGAUAGCUGGAGAGAGGACUUGCCGGACUUCUCUCGCAGUGGGCGGACUUUGCCCAGCCGCCUAUGCGGCACGAGUUCAUCAGCCCAAAAGGCUCGGCCGGCCGGUGGAUGAGUUCCUCUUCGAGGCCAGCGAAGGCUGCACCGACCUGGAGGGUCAGCAGACGAUGCAGCUCUUCAAUCAGCACCAAGUCUUCGACCGUGUGGUGCUCCCUGGUGCCAGCCACCUGCUGCUGGCAGCUGCCGCACACCUGGAGCAGCUGGGCGGGCGCGCAGCGACCGCACUGGAGCUGACCGAUGCCAUUUUCGAGUGGCUUGUGACGGUUGAUGGGCAGGGGCUUCCCUUUGUGGUGGAGGCACCCUUGAAGGUGCAAUGCUAUGCCUCGCCUGAGCGCACCGAAGUGCUCAGCCGUCCUGCCGACGAUGACACCGCGGCGCCCACCGUGCAUGCACGCGUGGGCGGCGUGCGACCGGUCGCGCUGGAGAGGGAUGCCGAGAAGUUGCAGAAGUGGAGAGAGCUUUCUGCCGAUGGCAAGGCAAUCGAGAACCUUGAAGAUCUUUACAAAGCCUUCCAGGAAAUCGUAGAUGCACAACUCUUUUGA